AUGGCCGACAUCACCCACCCAACGAUUCAAGACGGCUGGUUCCGGGAAAUCAGCGACAUGUGGCCUGGCCAAGCCAUGACCCUCAAAGUCAACCAAAUCAUUCACCACGAGAAGAGCCAGUACCAAGACGUCCUCAUCUUCGAAUCAAGCGACUACGGCAUGGUUCUAGUCCUUGACAACGUGAUCCAAUGCACCGAGCGCGACGAAUUCUCUUACCAGGAGAUGAUCGCCCAUUUAGGCAUGUUUGCGCACCCGAACCCUAAGCGCGUACUUGUAAUCGGCGGUGGGGACGGCGGAGUGCUGCGGGAGGUGGUGAAGCAUGAGUGCGUCGAGGAGGCUGUGUUGUGCGAUAUCGACGAGGCGGUGAUUCGGCUGAGCAAGAAGUAUCUGCCAGGCAUGAGUGUCGGCUUCCAGCACCCGAAUGUCAAGGUGCAUGUGGGUGAUGGCUUCAAGUUUUUGGAGGACAAGAAGGACACCUUCGACGUCAUCAUCACCGACUCGUCGGAUCCGGAGGGACCGGCGGAGAGUCUGUUUCAGAAGCCGUACUUCCAACUGCUGCAUGGCGCGUUGAGGGAAGGCGGUGUCAUCACCACGCAAGGUUCUGAGAACCCGUGGCUACACAUGAAGUUGAUUACGGAGUUGAAGAAGUCCUGCAAGGAAGUCUUCCCGGUUGCUGAGUAUGCGUGGACGACGAUUCCAACGUAUCCGUCUGGACAAAUUGGCUUUAUGAUUUGCUGCAAGGACGCCAGCCGAAACGUGAAGAAGCCGUUGCGGUCGCUCAGUCCGGAGGAGGAAGACCAGCAGUUCAAGUACUACAGCAAGCAGGUGCAUGAGGCGGCCUUCGUGUUGCCGAAAUUUGCAGAGAAGGCGUUGCGGUGA